GAGAGUACCGCGUGACCCAGUAGCCCCGCCCUUGUCAUAUUACUUGUAAAGACCCGGUGAAGUUGUUGGGUACGUGUUCGAAUUUCUUCGUUCUCUCUUCGUGAGUUGUACAGGUGUAACAGGACUUUCUAAGACUUUGAAUUUAAACACACUGACCUUUACAUCACCAUCAUCUUGCAGUCAUGGCAUCGUUUGGAUCUAGAGGAACUGUAAAACCCUUCCCAGGAUUCAAUGCAAAUGAUGAUGCCCAGAAACUCAGGAAGGCUAUGAAGGGUCUUGGAACUGACGAAGAUGCCAUCACGGAUGUUGUCUCCAGGAGGAGCAUUGGACAGAGGCAGGAGAUAAAAAUUGCUUACAAGUCUUUGUUUGGCAAGGACCUUGUUGAUGAACUGAAGUCUGAGUUGAGCGGAAAAUUUGAGCAAGUCAUCAUUGGGCUGAUGAUGCCCUCAGCUGUGUAUGAUGCAGGCGAACUGAAGCGUGCAAUGAAGGGUGCCGGCACUGAUGAAAGAUGCCUGAUAGAGAUCCUUGCAUCCAGGACAAAUGAGGAAAUCAAACACAUUAAUGCAAUCUACAAAAGAGGACCUGUAUGAAGCUGGAGAGAAGAAGUUGGGCACAGAUGAAACACAGUUCAUUAGCAUUCUCUGCACACGCAAUAAGAAUCACCUACUGAAAGUUUUUGAGGAAUAUAAGAAGAUUGCGAAGAAGGAUAUUGAAGACAGCAUUAAAUCUGAGAUGUCUGGUGACCUAGAAGAUGCCUUGCUGGCAGUAGUACGAUGCAUCAAGAACAAGCCUGCUUUCUUUGCUGAAUGUUUGUACAAAUCCAUGAAAGGUGCAGGUACAGAUGAUGACACUCUUAUUCGAAUAAUGGUCUCGCGGUGUGAAAUUGACUUGUUGGACAUCCGAGCUGAGUUUAAGAAGAUGUAUGGGAAGUCACUGCACUCAUUCAUUAAGGGAGACACCUCUGGUGAUUAUGAAAAAGUCCUGCUGAGGCUCUGUGGUGGAGAUGACUGAGUAUAUUCCCGAAACACAAGUUCAUACAUUUCUUGAAAUAGUAGCACAUUACUCGACUCUCUAAUUUUGGUGCCAGUUCUAGAAGUCUCAAUUGUGAAUCCUUUCACUGGUUUUCUGAAAGCAGUAACUGCAGUGACUAAAGAUCUGAAGGUAAAACUGGCUGCCACCAUUCUGUAAAGGUGUUUGCAGAUGCUGCAGUCAGUGUAACACUGAAGAAAUAUCCAUAGUGCCAUGAAAUUCAUCUUUUCCACAUAAAACACAACUUAUUUUGGUUCCCCAGUAUGAAUCCAUUACAUCUGAAGGACUUAACGCUUUGACCAGACCAGUAUAUCUCCUGCUUGUCAGUUUAUUGCAUGACUGCAUUUCCAUCAGAGUUUGAAUUUAACUUCUUCCAGGCUGAAUGCAUGUACUAGUUUCUUUCUGCAGAAGCAGGAGCCAUUCACCACCUCUUAUUUUACAGUGCAAUAGCUUUUGACAUUUUGUAGAGUUCAAAAGGCAGUGUAGUUUUUCUGAACUUUGUAAAAGUGUCUUUGUACUUUAAUACUUUGAUAUAAUAACCUUUUGUGUUUGUGUGUUGAUGAUAUAACUGGAAUUUAAACAACUGUAGGGCAUUCUCUUUCCUUAGCAGUGUGAUAAUGUGUAUCCAGAGUGUUGUACAGGGACAUGCAGUCACUUUUUGAAAACUUUUUUUCUAAAAACAAUUUGUGAACAUUUUUAUAACAGAAUAGUGAAAUAAUAUUGAGCAAGAAACAGAAGUACAGCAGAAAUAUUUUCUUCAGGAAAAAGAAGGUAUUCUUUGAUAUGUGCUGAGAAGUGGGAAGCGGCAGUUUAAGGUUAUUUCCAUUUCUCAAACUAGACCCAAACUCUUUACAUAAGUGAAUAAAAUAUGUAUAUUCUGCCCCUUCACGAAACAUGUAUCUGUAAAACAGACACAUGAAAUGAUAUCUAUUUCCACUGAAGACAGACCUUCAGGUUCUGUAUUUCAUAUUACAGAUCACAAGGCAUAUCUGCACAGACCAUGUAGGAUGAAAAGUCGUAAGAACAUUGUCAGUGGAAAAUGUUGUACAAGAGUGUGUUUGAUCUAGAUCAUGUUUUUCAUACUGAAGAAUGUUAUGUCUUUUGAUUAUGACUGCUGUCCAGCAAAAUGAAAAAAUGCAGAGAAUGCUCAGUCUGUAUAAACUAGUUUAAUGGCUGAUAUCACCUAUGUCAUAAGCUCAUUCAAGUGUAUUAUGAGUAAUGGCUGUCUAAAACAUUUCCACUUGUAUGUGAUGCAUAGGUACUCAGUUUGAGAAAAUUGUAAUUUGCAAUCAGCUCACCUAGCAGAGAACAUUGCUGAAGAGCACUUGGCCUAUUUUUCUUUUUUUGAGGUGCACUGGCACAGAUUUUAUUUAUUGUAGUAGUAUCUUUUCAAAGAGAUGCAGGGUCUCUACUUGCUGUACCCCUCGCCUUUGGGAAAUGCAUUACUCUUCCCAUGUUGUUCAUUGCUUUUAUCAUUUCACCUUUCAGUGCAUAACAAAGAUGCAUCUGUCAGUCCAGGACUGUUUCCCUCACUGAAACUUUAGUAAUGUAAAAGUUGUUAUAUGCGUCUGUAUGGCAUUGUUGGAUAACUUACAUUUAGCAAACUUGUUUACAUUUUAAUGGUCUAAAGAUGUGUAUUCCAUUGUGACUUGUCAGCUAAAGAAAACAUUUCAUACUUUGCUAAGCCUGUGAAUGAAGAUUUUAAAAUGGCCACUUUUGUUACUGCACAAUUGUGAAAAUCAGUAGCAUUUUUGUGAGUAGAUUUGUAAUAAUUUAACAUCAUUCUAAGCACCCUUUUACAUAUAUGCAUAAUAAACCAUUUUUGUUAAA